CGCAGGUAGUUUAAUCUAUCAAACAAUAUAUUAUUGACUAGCUAUUUAAAAUUAAAACAUAAAAAAAUGUUUUCGACGACGUGGAGAAUAUUCCGCACUGCAAGUUGUCCAAUUACACUAACUGAUCAUAAGUUACUGAUAACUAUUAUUCUAUUGACCGCAUCGAUAACCAUAAACGUAUACGUCCUUAUCGCCGUUUCGAGAAAAGUAAGUUUAUUUUUCGUGUUCAGUUAGUUAACUUUUAACGGCAGUUCACCGUGCCACCCUUUCGUAACUCAAUUCCUUUCACUCUUUGCAACUAUUCUUAUUCACGUCGGACAUGAUAUGUUUCGUGUGUUCUUUCUGAAAACCAAGCUUUUAUCCCGAAAACCCUUCUUUGUCUGCGCUAUCUUGCUCACAAUGGUAACUAUGACUGCUUUAUUUCCACCGUCUUUUGUUAUUUUUCUUCCUAAAUAAUUGAAGUACUACACCUUCUCCGGGCCGGAUUUAGGCUUUUAGAUGUCUGGGGCAAAUCUUUUUUCGAGGCCCUUGGCAGUAAAACAAAUUAAAAUUACCCAAUAUCUAAGUAGUUGAGAAAAAAAUAAAACAUUUGCAAACCUGCACGUUAUAACUUUCUACCUAAAAUGUGUUUAUAUCAAGUUUGAAAUACUGCUGUUCAUGGAUAACAAAUUUUAAAAUUCAUUUAAAUAUAUCAAUGUUUUAAGAGUAAAAAUAAGUAUAUUAAUAGGCAACGUUUUAUAUUAUUUAUUUUAUCUAGCAUCCCGGAGGGGUAACGAGUACGGAAUAUUAUUAUUUAAAUACAUAAAUACUUAAAACUACCUAAAACUAUUUCAAACUAUUGGAAAACAAUUACUUCAACACAAUAUUCUUAAUUUAACAAACGAGUCAAAACAAAAUCAAAGUUCAAUAUACUGUUAUCAUGAAUCAGAAAUCGAUUAUCCGGACUAUUAGCAAUUAAGUUGCUUUUUAUAUUAAAAUGUUGAAAUAAAAUCUUUAAAACUAGUACAUUAAUAACUUCAUAAACAAAAUGACGGGUAUAUAUAUGUAUAUAUCGCACGAUGGAUGCGGCCACUGUUGUUUGUGUGAAGUUGCGAAGGGUAGGAUAUAGAGGGGAAAACAGUUUGCAUCCUUAAGCAACGAUAAACCAUUGAUUAUUAAAAACGAUUUUAAGCGGAGUUCAGUUGAUAGUGAUGCUUUGUCAACAAUAUAUACACCGUGAUACGUAAAAUAAUUAAAUAAGCAUUAUAUAUUUUCUUUAAUAAUAUUGUAACGAUUUGCCCGGUUUUUCAUAUUUGCUAGAAAAACGCGUGAGGAAAUCUUAAUACAUACGCAAUAUACUAUUAUACACGAAUCGUUAAUGUAUAGAUACAUAAUAACAUGUACCACAAAUGCUCAUUAAUGGGAGAUAUUAAUAUUAUUAAUUUUGCGUGACGUUUCAUUUGAAACGGUUGUCGACAAAUAGUAAAAAAACAUUACGUGCUAGUCUUAUCAAUUUAGGUUUUAUUCGUCUUAUUAAGUUAUACGAUAAAAACAAUGUCCUCGAUUUGUUUACAUAUUAUCGUAUUAUUUUACCAGAGAUUUCAAUUGGUUUUGGGGCGAAAAACGAAAAUUCAGGGGAAAAAUCAAUCCCUAUAGUGAAUACUUUUUGAAAUUUUCGAUCCCGUAUAAUCAAUGGUAUAGCAAAUAUUCCUUAAUGACGAGUGAGGUAUGGGAAGAACCAGCCGCCAAAAAUGAUAUGUUUAACGUACAUAUUUCCUUAACUGGUUAUAUAUUUAAAAGUAUACUGUACUUAAUUAAUCAAGGAAAUAUGAAAAUAAAUCACACACAAUAUAAACUAUAAAGUAAUAAAAAAAAAAAAAAAAACAUAAAACAUUUACGAUAAAAAUAUUUAAAAAUUAGGCAGAUGAGAGGGGGACAGCAUAGUCCGGCGAGAACUGUUGUAGAUUUAGGAUUUUUGUUUUUACAUAAGAAUUACUGGGUAUUAAUAUGGAUAUCAAUGAGAGUAAAAACCGUGGACGAUUCGUUCAAGAUUCAACACUGGUUUCACAGGAAAUAGAGGUUUUUGCAUAUUUGAGAAAAUUUCAGGGGUUAUUCGCAAUAAAUCAGAUUAUUUCACAUAUUUUGGAAUAUUUUGUUGAGAAAUAAAACAUAUUAAAAUUAAAAUUUUAAGGAACCUAUCUAUACUAGGCAUAAAUACUAAAGAUAUCUUAGUUUGCCAUCGCACUGCCGUGCUUUCGCCGAAAAGCAUAUAGUGACUAACAUGCUGGCUGUCGUUUUGAAUGUUUUGAAUCUGAUAAAAACAAAGUAUAUUUCUUUAUCAAAUUGAAAACAAAAAAACUGUAUUUAUUCUUGUUGCAAUGGAUCUUCAUUUUAUUUUUGUAAUUAUUAAUAUUUUUCAUCUUAAAAUAAUUUAAAACUUUCCUGCGAAUAAAAAAAUACCUAUUAAAACGUGUUUUGAUUAUUUUCGCGUAUUUGUAGAUUUGUCAUUAAGAAUAUUAGCAUCGCAAUUGAGUUGGUUUUAUUUGAGCAUUAAAAUCCGGACCUCAGUGAUAGGUAAAGACCGGGUUUUCAUUUAAAAUUCACGAAAACACCAAUAAAAAAAAGCGCUUAAAAACAUUUAAAAUGUAAAAAUAAUAAAGGGAAUUUAAAGUAUCCUUCUAAAGGCUCUAAGUUAUUAAAUUAAAUGUCCUAACACUACGAAAAUUAUAUCUUUUAAAUGAAAUCGUACGUAAUACGUAAAGGAAAAAAUAUACAUACCUUUUAUUAAGCAACUAUGAAUUUUAAAAUGUGGAAAACGUUCGGGAAUAACGGAAGAUGGAACAUGUUCGUAAUAUGUAUACUUUUAGUAGCAUUUGUAUAUCUAAAUAUGACUAUAUUUAUAGUAGUACCGUUUUUAAAAAAUGAAUGGUUGUUUUUUGUUUUGUUUUAUUUUUAUGUUAAAACGAUAACCCUCAAUUGGACUGGUACCUCGGUUUGUUGGUUUUUUUCAUAAGAUACAAUAUUACGUUCCACAAUCAUAUUACAAGAAUAAUAAUUAAUAAAUAAUUUUCUUCACUCUCGAAUAUUUUGAUUAAAACUUACGCAAUAUACUACUAUACAUAAAUUGUCAAUGUGUAGCUACAUAAUAUUAUAAAAAUGUCUGUUUUUGGGAGAUAAAAAUAUUAUUAAUUUUGCGUGACGUUUCAAACACCUCUAUUAUUUUUACGUUUACCUUGCCUUGGUCGAGUGAUUUUUUUCGACGUUGUCGUGUGAUUUUUUGUGGAUUUUAAAGACAUAUUUAAAUCCUGUCUCUAAUAGUUAUAAGGUAUACGAUUAUCGGGUUUAACCUAAUGGCAAUUCAUAAUAUCAAUAUAGGCUAGUACACUGCCGCUUUGUACAACGACAUUUUAUUUUUCUAGGCGCCUUUGCCGGUCUGCUAUCCGAAAAGUAAGAUAGACUUGCCUCGGUGUUCGAAUGCUAUAUUACAUUAUUAUAUUGUACACGUCCCUACGUAUUAUUCUGUCUAAUAGUGCAAGACAACGCGUUUACGAGUACGAGGACGGUGUGGCUCGAAGAACUGCCCGUGGGCGACCGGGUCGGCGAGCAAAUGUCUUACGUGCCGAAGGGCUACAAGUACGACGAGACGCCGGUCAAACGGAUUUUGNGUCGACGCGGUACUCUUCAGACACAGUUUCAGUCGUCCGCACUUCCAGAAACCGCCGAAUCAGGUAAAUAA